AGAAUCGAAUCAGAAGUGGAAUACACAGGGAAUUUGGGGUUUAGUCACUUUCAAGGUCUCUCUUCUUUGAGGGGAUAGGAUAAGAGCAUUAUUAGUAGUGUAGUAGUAGUAUAUUAGCGUGCUUAGUUGAAUAGGAGUGAAAAGGGUGUCUCUUUCUUAAUUGAAGGCCGGGGCAGAGUCUGCUGCUUUUUAAGGUCUCGCCGUCUUUAAGUGCUCUUCUGAGGAACUUGGUGGCGCAUUAAAGUUGGGAGCUGAGGUGAACAGAGGAAAACAAAGGAAGGUAGAAGAGAUUCAUUUGUCCUUCGAGAUUUUCUCACAAUUAUUUCAGGGCAUUUAAAGCCACCCUGCCAAAUCUUUGAAUCCAGAUUUCUUAAACUCUGCUUUUCCAUAUUUACUGCUGUAAUCACACUUCCCCAGUUCUCAAUAAUUAAAAAAGAGAGAUUGAUCGACUCAAGCAAAGAAGGGGUUUUUAAGAUCAUACCCAUUUUGUUUUUGGGGGUUUCUUCAAUCUUUUGCAAGAAAAAGACCUCUCAGAAACAAGAUCUACCAGGAUUUAGUCGUUAGAAGCCAACACAAUGUUGCCUCAGAAGCAAGCAGAGGAAGCUAUAGUCUCCAACUUCAGCGAAACAGAACAUGAGCCCAAGGAGGAUGCUGAGAAGGGGGAAGAAAACCAGUCAAUGUUCAGUGUCAAGAGCCUCCUCUGGCACGGUGGCUCCGCCUGGGAUGCCUGGUUCAGCUGCGCUUCCAACCAAGUGGCGCAAGUGCUCUUAACACUCCCCUACUCUUUUUCCCAGCUGGGUAUGCUUUCAGGAAUCAUCCUGCAGAUCUUCUAUGGCUUGAUGGGAAGCUGGACCGCCUACCUCAUCAGUGUUCUCUAUAUUGAGUACAGAAGCCGCAAGGAGAAGGAAAACGUCAGCUUCAAGAACCACGUGAUUCAGUGGUUUGAAGUUCUUGAUGGGUUGCUUGGUCCAUACUGGAAGGCAAUUGGUCUCGCUUUCAACUGCACUUUCCUUCUAUUUGGAUCUGUCAUCCAACUCAUAGCCUGUGCAAGUAAUAUUUACUACAUCAACGAUCAUUUGGACAAGAGGACAUGGACCUAUAUUUUCGGUGCUUGCUGCGCCACCACCGUCUUCAUUCCCUCCUUCCACAACUACCGGAUUUGGUCUUUCCUAGGCCUUGGGAUGACCACUUAUACGGCUUGGUACUUGGCCAUCGCUGCCUUUGUUCACGGCCAGGCUGAGGGCGUGAAACACAGUGGUCCGACGAAGUUGGUGUUGUACUUCACCGGAGCCACAAACAUCCUCUACACCUUCGGUGGUCAUGCCGUCACUGUGGAAAUUAUGCAUGCUAUGUGGAAACCCCAGAAAUUCAAAUACAUAUACUUGCUUGCUACAUUGUACGUUUUUACACUUACCAUCCCCUCCGCCUCUGCCGUCUACUGGGCUUUCGGAGACCAGCUACUCACCCACUCCAACGCCUUCGCUCUCCUCCCCAAAACUGGCUUCCGCGACGCCGCUGUCAUCUUAAUGCUCAUCCACCAGUUUAUUACAUUUGGGUUCGCCUGUACUCCUCUGUACUUCGUGUGGGAAAAGGUAAUAGGAAUGCACGACACCAGGAGCAUAUGUUUGAGAGCACUGGCCAGAUUGCCCGUAGUAAUUCCGAUCUGGUUCUUGGCCAUAAUUUUCCCCUUCUUCGGCCCCAUCAACUCUGCCGUCGGUGCCCUUCUCGUCAGCUUCACCGUCUACAUCAUCCCCGCCUUGGCCCAUAUACUCACUUUCAGAAAAGCCUCGGCUCGCCAGGUUUAUGCGUAUGAUUUUCAUGUAUUGCAGAAUGCUGCUGAGAAGCCUCCGUUCUUCUUGCCAAGUUGGACUGCAAUGUUUGUAUUCAACUCUUUUGUGGUGAUUUGGGUGUUGGUGGUCGGAUUUGGGUUUGGAGGAUGGGCUAGCAUGACCAACUUCAUCAGGCAAAUCGACACGUUUGGUCUCUUUGCCAAGUGCUAUCAGUGCAAGCCGCUGACACCACCUGCCGGAACAGCACCGGCGCCACACCAUUGAGCUGACUGAACAUCUGAUGAAGUAAAGAACAGAAAAAAAAAAGGGAAAAAAAAAAAAUGAAGUAUCUGUUUCACUCCAUAUUUUGUAUCAUACAUGGGGACAUAGCAAUAUUUCCCCUACAUGUGGUGUGUGCUGUAUUUUGCCUUCUUUUAAUUUUUUUUUUUUCUCCUCUUUUGCUUUCUUUAAAUUUAGUUGAUAAAAAUAGUGUGUUUGAAUUGUGAUGAUUCCUUUGCUAUGAAAAGCACAGGCCCUAAUUAAAUCAGAUAAUAUAGUCUAAUGUUUAAA